CACGCGGUCAUAAACUCAUUGGAGUUCAUCGAAUAAACGUGAGGACUUCCACGAGAUCUAGAACUCAAAAAACCCUUCCCCAAAAAUAAAACCAAAACAACCCCGAAAAAUCAGGAAUAAAUCCGGGGAGUAGCCGAUUAAUUGGGACAUCCAGGAAUUGUCCUGGAGAUCAAUAUAAACUCCAGGGUAGGGGAUAGAUAAAAAUUUGAUGAUCAGCUGAUAUAUAAUUUGAAUUUGAAUCGAUUAUUGCCUGGGGGAGAAUGGACUUGGUGAUAUUUGAAAAUGAUUAUGAGUCGUGUUAUAGUGCGUUAACUGUCAAAAGUGCAAUCAGAGGGAUCGGCAUCAUCAGCGGUGAAUCAAGACGUGGAGGUUCGGCGUCGCGACGCUCGGUGCGCCCGCAUCGUUGGAGAGACUAGCGGAAAAAUCUAUCUCAUCAUCUCGUUGAAAAUAUUUGCUCCGUGGUUUUGGAUGUCUUGGGAGAAGUGAAACUGUCCAAUAAGCAGACACACGUCUCGUGCGAGACCCGGAGGAAUCGCGCGAAAUCCUCAUCGAGGAGUUAUUUUUUAUUUGUGGAUUUAUUGAAUUAAAUUUUCAGAGUGCAGUGGUGGGACUGUUCUGUGAGGUUGUGAAGAGGUGUGAGAUAAUUAGUGAUCGGUGGACAAAUUUUUUUGGUGAGAUAUGGAAUUCUUCGGGGAGAGGAGUGUCGACCUCGUGGUGGUCGUCUCAUUUGUGCUUGGCGGGCUUGUCAUACUUGUGGCAUUUAUAUUUCUACGAACCGGCACUCAGAAGAAUAAAUAUGUCAGAGACAGAAAAAGUCACGUGGAGUCGGAGAAUAGCGAGCCAGUGACAUCGACAUCUGCCAACAGCCAAUUGAUUCCACCUGGUGGUGGUAAAAGAGCAAAAAAUAAAAAGCGUCGUGAGGCCCAACAGGAGUUCACACACUCGUGGAUGGUGGGUGCACUUAAGGGUCACACUGGCCCUGUCCUCGACAUGAAUUUCUCCAGUGACGGCAAGUUCCUCGCAAGCUGUGCCGAAGAUUGCGGUCUGGUGCCAGAAGACCUGGAGGAGGGAGCAGCCUCAUCAGCAUCCCCCGAGUCCCCAGUAAUGUCAACAUCCUCGAGUACAACAUCAUCAUCGAGUAUGGAGGAAGCUGCCCCAAAAGAGCGCGACCGUGCCAUUCUCAGUCGUCGACAGCGUAAAAAUCGUACACGAGCAACGAGAGAGCAGCGUCGUGAUCGUGAGGAUGACCCUGAGGACGAUACAAAUCCACCACCACCACCACGUCAUCGUCAUCAUCACAGAUUGCAGCAGCACGAUCGCAGGUACUUAACUGAAUCACCAACGAGAUCGUCAGACUCAGGUACAUCAAACAGUGCUAAAAAUAUUCGAAAACAGGAGAGCGCAGGGAAAAAUCGAAAUACAAGUGAAAGUUCGGGAAAGAGUGAAUCAAAGAGCGUGAACCAGACCUCGAAAAUAACGGGCGUUGGUGGUAAGAAAUCACGUAAUUCAACGGCUAAACGUAGCCAUCAGCGAAUUCAGCUCAAUCACUUGAGUGACGCUGACCUGGCAACACUACUCCGAAGAUACGCCCUCAGUGGAAUGGAGCUGGUGCAUCUUGGCUAUCCCGUGGAGUGCAGUUAUUACCCAGGAUACGCUGUCAUAUUGAAUCAUCAUCCGAUGGGCCAUCACAACCGCAACGAUCAGCAGCAGCAGCAGCAUCAUCACCUGGACGUUAAUGCCCAGGAGUUCGUACCCAGCACUAACUCAAACAGCGGUGAAUCAGAAAUAGACAGUGGCAAUGGGAGUGGCUCGUCGGUGGAUAAUUCCGAUCUCGAGCCCGAGAGCCUCUCAGACAGUGAUAAAAGCUCGGACAUCGUUGAGUCAUCGUCCUCAUCCUCAUCGUCUUCGGAUUACUCUGAAAAUACCAGAAGAGACUCGACAUCGACACCUGACACCUGGGGACCACCAGAAUCACCAUCACCCAAUGCUGUUGAAAGACCCUGUGUCAGAUGCACCAAGUGCUUUUACAUAAAUCGCACAACUGGCCACUACAUAACCGAUGAGCGAUGCACCUAUCACUGGGGAAAAUUGAGAAAUGCCAGCAUAGGGUACGAAUGGGAGUGCUGCAAUGGACGUGAAUCCGCACGUGGAUGUACAACAGCUAAAGUACACGUGUGGACUGGUCUUGGUCAUGGUUUCAAUGGACCCUUUACCGGUUACGCUCGUACACGACCUUCUCGUGUUAUACCACGUGACGGUAAUUACGGUGUUUAUGCACUGGACUGUGAAAUGUGUUUCACAAGACGCGGUCUGGAAUUGGCAAAGGUCACUGUCGUGGGAAUCAAUGGUGAUAUUGUCUAUGAUACAUUGGUCAAACCCGAUGACGAUGUGCUUGAUUACAACACGAGAUUCAGCGGUAUAACUGCCAAAGCACUGUCAAGUGCUACUAAAACACUCGCCGAUGUACAGAAAGAUCUCACAAAUUUUAUUCACGCUGAGACAAUACUCAUUGGACACGGCCUGGAGAAUGAUCUACGAGCCCUCAAGAUACUUCACACAACAGUCAUCGAUACCUGCGUUGCAUUUCCACAUUAUCUUGGUUAUCCUUACAGAAGUAGCCUUAAAACACUUGCCAAGAGACUUCUUAAACGUGAGAUUCAAGUUUCUAAACAUGACUCCGUUGAGGAUGCCAAAAGUGCGGUUGAUCUUAUGCUUAGGAGAGUUGAACUCGAUCUUGGUAGAACGUGAGUUUCGAGACACGUUGUGGACAGUGUUGAGUUCCAUGUGAAAUCUGUGAUAUAUAUAUGUAUGCAUCGCCAUCAUCUACCCUUCAUUUAAUCGAAAUGAAAAACUGCCCGUUGUUGGAGUAUUCUCUGAUGAUCAUUUUUUUUUUAUCAUCCCCUGUUUUAUGCAUAUCUGUCGACUCGUGCGUUCUUUUUCUGAUCGAGAAUUCACUCGUGCUAACACGUGAUACAUAUCGAUUGUUAUGUGAAUUUAACACGUAUUUUUUUUUCAUGUACUUAUGUGGUGUGUUCAGUUUUAAGGAAAUGAAAACGAGAAAGUGGAUUGUGCAAAAUGACAGAUGGGUUUUGGUUCUCGGGGUAUUUUUCCCCCUUGAAAAUUUUCCAGUGUCAUUUCCCCCCUAAAAAAUCUCAAAACAUAAACAAAUUGGUACAUAUGAUGGAAAUAUUUACUUUGCAUAAUAUUUUCAUUUCAAUUUCCAUCGAAAUUCUUUGAAACACUUCGGGGAAAAUUAUUUCCAGAAAAUUUUCAAUAAGAAAAAUGCCCCGGGAUCCCACAGAUUUUAUCAUAUCAUCAUUUUCGUUCAGUAAACUGUAAAUAUGGCAUCGUAUUUAUUCAAAUAUAUCCAACGAAGACACGCGGUAUCGAUGUAUACAAAUCUCAUUGAUGAAACGCUUUUAUUUCAUACGCAUAUAUUUUUUCAUUGAGGAUGCUUUCACCCUCUAAUUGUCAAGGCAGAAUUAUUCAUUGGAAGAAUGAGGCCCGUGCUCAUGGGCAAUGAACCACAUAACCGUUACGCUUUUUCCCCGGUUGAAUGUGAAUAAUCAAGGGUUAUUCCCUCGAGUCUCGAUUUUACAAUUGAUUUAUUUUUCCACAACUGCAUCUUCAAUAUGAAUCUCAUAUUUUUGGAAAAUCGUUAUAUUUGCUUUGAGGUUUCGCUGUUCCAUCGGUCAAAUUCGGAUACCGAGAUAAAUCAGAUGGUUAUGAGUAUUCCCGGCAAAAUAACUGGGAACGAUAAAACUCAUGCCACAAAUACUCGUGGAAGCGUCAAUUAUUGUCGUCUGAUAAAGCUCAGGUGGAUAUCCGUUGAAUCAAUAAAUCCAAAUGAGUAUUAACAUCGUUAUUUGCUGUCUGCGUGCUUCAAAAAUAAUUCCUCGGCAAAUGAUAUUGAAAUAUUAAAAAUAACCAGACGAAAGAGAGAAGUCAUUUCUCCAGAUUGAAAUGUUUCUGUGGGUAAAUUAAUCUAAAUGUGUGUGAGUUUUAAUCGAGUUUAAUUACGAUUGAUCAUUAAAUUUACUUUUGCGUGAAGAUUUUUUCGUUAUUAUGUCAUUACUUUGUACCGUUAACGUUAAGAAUUUAUAAUUAUGAUCUUUGAUCUUUCCAAUGAUUUCAAAUGACUAGUCGAAUGAACUUUGCACUAAAAGUUAUAGUACAGCUGAACAUUUCACAAACGCUAAGUGAUGCGUAGAAAUUUCAAAAUAAAUUCAAUAUUUUUUGUACCUCGUGCGGUAAUUCAUGUUUUUUCACCGGGUAUCGAGAAAAUUAUUUGGAUAAUUGUACUGCUGAUUUCUCAAAUCGAUAUUUCCCUCGGUGAUUUGCGGGUGAUGGAGGUUUAUUAUUUACUAUUCUAAGAUAAGAUAAGGUAUCAUGUACUUUGGAGGCUGUUGAGUUGUGAAUGAAUUAGCGAACUUCGAGUUAACGAUUUAUCCUUGCAAUUAGCGGGAGGGGUGAGGUUUUUUAAUACGUAAUGAGUGACUGAUUGUCGCCUUCCUACCCACAGGAACUUUCUCUCAACUCCCACCUAUCGUUAUUUCUUUCGUUUCAACCGCGAGAAUUAACUGAGAGUAUCACUUGUCCUCGGAAAAAAAUAUCAUUGAAGAUUAAUAUCUCGGAGAAUUCAGAUUUUGCGUUUUACCUGCGGUAUGUAUAUGUCAAUACCCCGUGCGAUAUAGAUAAAUAAAUUUAGAAUAAAAUCUUAGAUGUAAGUGAUGUUUGUAAGAACGUGCGCAAGACUUGUGAAUAUUUUAAGUUUAUCAAAAACAUUUGAUAUAAGAUUUGGUCUUUUUUUUGCACGUGGUACUUGUGGAUCAUGCAAGUCAAUUCCACGUUUAUUAAUACAUUUUAUACUUAAUA